AAGACAUCAAGAAAAUUCAAGUUGGUCGAAGAGGUGACAAUAGUGUUGAGGACGGCUCUCCCCCAGGCGUAAAAGAAGAAAUGCAACAACAACUUGAAGUACAGAAACAAGAAUAUGAAGAGAAGAUGCGUGUAUUGAAAGCGGAGAAAAAACAAAUGGAAGAAAAACUCAAAAUGGUCCAAGAAGAGAUGCAAAGAAUGUUCGAGAUUCAAGCUCAGGCAUAUAAAGAAACAAUGGCUAAAUUAACUGCAGCGCAAGCGACAUUUGAUCCAGAAGAAGUAAGGCGAGAACGCGCCAAGACGAAAUUAAGCGUUAGUUUGCUCGGUAUUAGCCCUGGUGAUAUGUCAUAUAGUAGAGGAACCGAGCAUGAACGUGAAAAGGCUUUAGACGAACUUGGUAUCAUGGUCGAGAAAAAUGCCGUUGGUGUUCAUCCACCCAAGAAAGUUCCUCACUUAAUAAAUCUUAACGAAGAUCCUUUGAUGUCAGAAUAUCUG